AUUCCUGCAGAAGAGGAUGUACAUCUCCUUUCUCCCUGGAUUCUCUCUCCUCGCCGGUAACGAGAAAAAGAAAGAAUAAGAAAAGCAGAAAUUUUGGGCGACUCUUCAGAGCUAAAACGGAGUUCUCUCCAGGGAACAGAGUGGUGUAAUCGGCAAAUUUUGGCUAUUUGGGGUGCUUUCCGAGCUAUGGUAAUCUUGUUGUUAGGUCUGGAGCCUGCGAUUUUGGUUCCAAUUAGGGUUAGGGUUUUCGACAAUUCUAACAGGUGAUGUUUCUGCGACGGAGCAGGUGAUGAUCUCAGGUCUAGGGUUUGGUUUUUGGACUUCUGCGUAGGAGGGUUGUUUGGUCUUUGGUGUGUCUCUGUUUUGUGUUUGUCGCCGUGACUGUAAUGCUCUGACUGAUGGCCUCGGUGAAUCCACAACCACUGCAAAGUAUUCCUCCGUACGAAGGUCACGAAGAUCGGUUUCAGAUUCCCAUCCAGAUCGACGACGACGGAGGUGGAUACGAAGCUGAUGGAAUUGAUGCCGUGGGCGAUGAGGCGAUGGAUGAUGUUGACGACGUUCACGUGAAUUCUGGAAACCGUGUUGAUCAAACUUAUGGUUUGGCGUCUCGGACAAGUGAGCUGACGCUCUCCUUUGAAGGCGAGGUUUACGUUUUCCAUGCCGUGACGCCAGAAAAGGUUCAAGCAGUAUUAUUGCUUCUGGGAGGGUGCGAUAUACCUGCUGGUGUUUCUAGUAUUGAAGUACCUUACCAGAACAAUAGGGGUGUGGUUGAGGGUCCAAGACGCUCAAAUCUUUCACGAAGAAUUGCGUCCUUGGUUAGAUUUCGCGAGAAGCGCAAGGAGCGAAAUUUCGACAAGAAAAUCCGAUACACUGUCCGGAAGGAGGUUGCACAGAGGAUGCAUCGCAAGAAUGGCCAAUUUGCAUCUUUGAAGGAGAAUUAUAAAGAAGGGCUACCUGCCUCUGGCAGUUGGGAUCCUGCACAGGGUUGCCCUCAGGAUGAUGGUACUCCUCGUCCAGAAAUUGUUCUCCGGAAAUGUCAGCACUGUGGCAUUAGUGAGAAGUCCACUCCAGCAAUGCGUCGUGGGCCAGCUGGUCCAAGGUCUCUUUGCAAUGCGUGUGGCCUUAUGUGGGCAAAUAAGGGAACUUUGAGAGAUCUGUCCAAGGGAGGAAGGAGUGUUUCCUUUGACCAGAAUGAGCCUGGAACUCCAUGUGAAACAAAAGUUUCAACUAUGGAAGCUUCAAAUCCUUCUGCCAACCGGGAUGGACAGCAGGGAACUCUAGAAGAUUUUCCAAAGACUAUUGUAGGAAGUGAGAAUUCUUUGGUCAACCAAAAUGUGCAGGGAAGUCCAGAAGAAUCAAAGCCUUUACCCUUGGAAUUUGGGAAUCCUUCUAUUAAUCAGGUUGAGCAGGAAAACUUGGAUGAUCUUGCUAAUACUUCAGAAAUAGAUAUUCCUUCCAACUUGGAUGAAACAGCCUGAAAUGGGGAGUGAUGGCCAGCCGCCAGCGAAUUACAUUGAACCCCAAGUGUAUGUUUGCUACCUGACUUGGACGAGAGGAUAAGAAAGGGGCAGUGCUGGUUGCUACUGACAUUAGAUUUCUGCAGAUGAUUCAUGUUCAUAAAAUACCUAGGAUGUGAUUUGUGUAUGGGAAAACCAGCCGAGUGUUCAAUCUAUAAUAUGAUCAAUCUAGUUUUGUUUUUUAUCCUUGCAUUGGAUUUUAUAUAAAAUGUGAUGGCUUCUGAUUUUACAUAUGCUUUCUGAUGUGUGGAUGAUUGCUUUA